UGGGAAAAUACGUUAAGAACGGCACCGCUCGAACCGGGCCGACAGCCGGCAUUUCUUUCCACUGCGACCUCUGCUAUGGCAGAACCCAAAUUAUCAAGGAAGCAAGGUAUAAAACGCAAAAGAAGAAAAAUAAAAACACAGCACAAUAAUGCGGACGACUUGGCUUGGACAACUGUCAAGCGACCAUUCGAAGCUGGUGUCGGAGGUGACGACGGCAUCCUGGAACUGGAAGAGGUGGAGGAUGUAGAGGUCGUCUAUGAAGAGACUGAAAGGGGAAGGGUUCUGGAGCGGGAAAGCGACGCCCAAGUGUCCGACGAAGACAUCGAGGCCGAAUCGUCCUCGAAAACACAACAAGAUUCGGAAGACACAGCAAAUGAAGACCGAGCAGUACCUGGUGACAAUAUUCCUGAUUCAAAAUGGAACAGCUUCUCGAUACAUCCUCAUCUGCUACGCGCUCUCUACAACAAGAAAUUCCUGGAGCCAACACCGAUACAAGCAGCAGCUAUUCCUUUUGCUAUUCAAGGGCGUGAUGUUGUUGGUGUAGCCCAGACAGGCUCCGGAAAAACACUGGCGUACGGAAUUCCAAUUCUUCAUUAUCUCCUCUCCAAUCCUGCCUCGGCUGCGCUCGCGCGACGUCCUCUGCGCGCCCUCAUUCUUGCACCUACCCGCGAACUUGCUCUACAGGUCUCUUCACAUUUCAAUGAGUGCCUCAAUACCAUCCACCAGGAGAAGAAACAUGGUCACAUAGCCAAGAAGCCGCCAAUUGUCAGCAUUGCCGCAAUUGUAGGCGGGAUGUCUUCGCAGAAGCAGCGUAGGGUUCUCGACAGAGGUGUCGAUGUGCUAGUAGCGACUCCUGGCCGAUUAUGGGAUAUAAUGGAAGAUGAUGACCAACUGUCUAAGGACAUCAGAGAACUGAAGUUCCUAGUUUUAGAUGAAGCUGAUAGAAUGAUAGAAAACGGCCAUUUUGCCGAAUUGGAGAAUAUCCUUAGACUAACACUACGGCAGGAGAAUGAUGAACAAAUACCCGGUGACGACCAAGAGUCGGAAUCAGAAAAUGAAGACGUUGAGAAGAGCAGCACGAUGCAGACAUUUGUAUUCUCUGCCACUCUAAGCAAAGACUUGCAGCGGAAUGUCAAAAAGCGUACUCGACCGCGAACGGGAAAAAAGAAAUAUGGUGACAAACCUGCAUCGACUCUAGACGAACUCCUGCUUCGUCUGGACUUCCGAGAUCCCGAGCCCGAGGUGAUUGAUCUCAGUCCGAAAGGUGGUGUAGUUUCGACACUCAAAGAGAGCAAGAUUGAAUGUCUGUCUGCCGAUAAGGACGUGUAUCUCUACUACUUCCUUCUCAGGUAUCCAGGACGAUCUCUUGUCUUUCUUUCUUCGAUAGACGGGAUACGGAGGCUCCUUCCACUAACAGAGUUCUUGAACAUCAAAGCUUUCCCGCUCCACUCACAGCUAGAGCAACGACAACGACUGAAGAACCUUGAUCGGUUCAAGUCCACGCCCAAUUCGUGUUUAUUGGCUACCGACAUCGCCGCUAGAGGAUUGGAUAUUCCUUCUGUCGAUCAUGUUAUACACUAUCAGAUCCCGCGUUCCGCAGAUGUAUAUAUCCAUCGCAAUGGACGGACAGCUCGAGCCAUGAUGUCUGGGUUUAGCAUGCUCCUGUGCGCUCCUGAUGAAAGAAGGGUCGUCAAAGCUUUGCUUGGUGGUCUCGGUCGAGAGGAAACCGAAGUCCCGGAGAUGUCCAUCGAGUUAGGGCUGCUCGACAAGCUCAAACCGCGUGUACAGCUGGCAAGGCAGAUCGAAUCUGCUCAUCACAAGGCGAAGAAGGCCAACCACGAGCGGAACUGGAUGAAGGAGACAGCCGAAGCGAUGGAGAUCGAGCUUGGUUCUGACUUCGACAGUGAGUCCGAAAGUGAGAACCCAACCAAGCAGAAGCAGAAAGCGAAGAAUGCAAAGAUCGCCACGAUGAAAGCUGAGCUGAAGGCGAUGCUGGCUCAACCGCUUAUUGCAAAGGGUAUCUCAACUCGGUAUAUCACGUCGGGGAGUAGGCCCAUAGUAGAUGAUUUGAUUGCAGGUGAAUAUCAUGAGGCAAUGUUAGGUGUACGGAAAUCGGAAGCCAGAACUGAUUUAGCUCUGGUGAAGCAGAAGCGAAAGAAGAAACCUGUUGUCAAUGUGGAGGAUGGGGAUGACGGGGAGGAGUGGCAUGGUAUAGCGACGUAAAGCUGUGAACUGCUUCAUAAAAUCAUGUUCUUUGAGGCUUGUGGAUAGCCGUGUUUGCUCAAUACGUUUCACUCGCUGCUUUAGGAACCCGUUUUAGAUGCCAGUACGGGUGUACAGCAUCGGACCCAAAUUUGCAAAUGCUGGGGUAGACUACCAUGGUCCCAAGGAGUUUCUUGUGCUCUGUGAUCAUGGAUAUUGGGCGCGUGUCAAGUAAUGGUAUAUAGCAUGAGAACAUAACACGCUAUACAUGUUAUAAUUUGUUCUUGCUAUAGGUAUUUUACACUCACUUCCCGUAGCACAUCUUGGGCGGCCAGGAUUCACACCGCCAAUCAAAUUGCUAAAUAUCCGCAUUAUGAUUCCGGUCCGAAGACCGC